AAAACACGACUAUUAUUCUUGAUAUCUAUGUACUGAAUUAUAAUGUUUCUCUCUUUCUUUUCUUUUCUUUCCUUUUCUUUUCUUUUUUUAUUAUUAGUGGCAACAAUGAUCAUAACAAGAUGGAUUCGAAAACAAAACAAGGACAACAGCAACAAUCUUUUACCACACAAACAAAAGGUUCCGAUGAUGUACGACAUUCACUUCUUCAAGCAACAUUAGCUCAUGUGCCAGAGCAUGGCUGGACAAUGGAAAGUAUUUCUCAAGGUGCAGCAGAAUUAGGUUUUCCAUCCGUGGUUCAUGGUGUAUUUCCUGGAGGACCUGCAGGAUUGGUGGAUACCUAUUUGGAAGACUGUCAACAACGAUUUGUGCAAUUGAUGGCAAGUGGACCUGAACAGUACUGGCAUCCUAAUGCUUCCAUGACAGAUAAGGUACGUGCUUUGACUGUGCUUCGUUUGAACAUGUUGAAACCUUAUGCACGACGUUGGCCCGAAGCUGUGUCCAUCCUGGCCGUUCCUUCCAAUCUCCCUAUGGCUAUGCAUCAUUUAUCUCAAGUGGUUGAUGAUAUUUGGUACUAUGCUGGUGAUCGUAGUCCUGAUAUGAACUGGUAUACCAAACGUGUUUCAUUGGCUACAAUUUAUUCAGCAACGGAAUUGUACAUGUCGCAGGAUAUCUCACCAGAAUAUGUGGAAACAUAUCGAUUCUUAGAUAGAAGAUUGAAUCAAGCUGAAUGGUUAGAUGCUACAAGUCGUCAGGUAAGAGUGAGUGAGAGAGAGAGAGAUGAAUGAAGAUAGAUAUAUUUAGAAAUGACUUGUAUUCUAUUCUACUUUACAUGAAAUUUAGUUGGGAACUAUGCUUUCAUUCGGUGCUAGAAGUCUGAUGGGUGCUAUUGCUCAGCGUGGUGGUCAUUCUUCAUGAUUUGGUCUGUUCCUCAUACAACAUUAGUUACAAGCCCCAACUCACACGCACACAUCAUACACAUAUCCCCCCUCUUAUAUAGUUUAGUGUUACUUACAUUUCCUUUUUCCAACAUGUGUACAUUUUGAAAUAAAACAAAUCAUACAUUAUCAUUAAAAAA